GACCAGAAGUUAGGUCUGCAGCUGAUCACGGGGACAUCCGGGGUGCUUUCCUACUCCUUUACACCCCUGAACGUGCAGCCUUGCUUUGUAAACAGUGUAACUGAGGGCUCACUAAAAGCCAGGACAAACGCUGUGAGUAACGGCCCCAGCUCCACGCACAAGGAAAACUCCAGAAGCCAACAAAUGGAUGAUUUGUUUGAUAUCCUCAUUGAAAGUGGAGAAAUUUCGCUCAACGCCAAGGACAUUUCCACAUCUUUAAAUACGCCGUCUCCCCAGAACGUCUCGCCCACGCUGGCCGUCUCUUCGCCGCCGCCAGUGGCCAAAGCACAGCUGCCGUCACCUCAGUUGCUGCUGGAACCUGUCACCGACAGUCAGCCCAUUGACCACGAGAACCGGCUCGAGGACUUCCUCGUGAGCACCACCGGCGUGCCGCUGUUAUCGGUGGAUAACGACGGGACGGAGCCCCUCUCCCUCAUCGAUGACCUACACAACCAAAUGCUGAGCAGCUCCAGUAUUCUCGAGCACCCUCAUUCUCCCAUGGACACUUCAGACAUGCACUUCACGGCAGACAGCACCAGCCUGGCUCUGGACCUCACUGACACUAACCUGGACAACAUGGAGUGGCUCGACCUGACGAUGGGCAGCACUCCUGUGGGUCUUGCUCCUUUGAGCUCCGUAGCCCCCAGUGUCUUUUCUACUGACUUUCUAGACAGUCAAGACCUGCAGCUGCACUGGGAUUAACAUCAAACAGCCAGAACGUGGAGGGCGAUUUGUUUGCGAAAUCCCCAGGUCCGUGUGGGCCUUCAGUGCAUGGGACCUGAUCAGAUUCACUUCCAAGUGUGCGCUUUUCGCGGUCACUUUAAUUGACCGGGAAAUACACGUGCGCUGGGAACGCAGGACCCUUGGCUAAACAUCAGAGGAUUUUCGCUGUUUCAGAGUUGCAGGCAAGAAUGGGCUGGAGCUCAUGACUCGACUCUGGGCCUGACCAUCUCUGCUGGGAAUCUACAACUGGACAAGAUUCCCAACUCUGAGCCUGCCCGCUGAUUGACCUGGGCAGCGUGGGUUUCUUUGACCUUCACAAGGCUCAAGAGCUUGGUCCUAAUGAAGCAGGAUCACCCUCUCAGCGCCUACCCACUAUUUGGUUUCUACGUUGCCAAGGUUGUGUUUUUGCACUGAUUGGGGAGGGUGGGUAUGUUUUUUUUAGAAAAAAGAAAUAAAUUAAUACAAAAAACCCAAAGGUACACUAAGUGAGCAGGUAUCAAAAUUAACUGACCCCUCCCCUUUCAUCCCAAACACCAAGCUGUUCAGGCCAAGUCCAAUGGGUGUUGCCUGCACCCGGGACAGGUAUCUUGGUCCUCCCCAUGUUCUCUUGUACUUCGCAAAGCGAGUAACCACAGUAUCAUGACUUGUCAAGAAAUAGUUCCCUUUUGUUUUAUCCUGAGGUGGGAGGUAGACUUUAUCCCCAGGGGACAGCUGCUCACAAUCAUUGUACCACUUAUUCUGGAGUCACACUCGGAGCUGUUUCAUCGGACUGAGGGACGUGGGCUCUCGUGCUCUGCCCAACAUCAGCGACAGCUUUCCCCAUCGAUUCUGAAAACGCAGAGCCUAAAAUACAAACCCCUCGAGGCUACAAAAUGAAACAAGUUAGGGUGCAAUCCUGUUGGGUGGAUGUGACACGUUGACCUACCGAGAAGUGAAUCCACCAAGUCCCUGAGUUGUGCGGGGGAGGUGGCAUGAGCCUGUUCUCCUGGUCUUUGUAGCACUGAUGGCAAAUCAGCACUUCAGGCCAUGCGCCACUCAAGUGCAGACAGUGCUCAACCGAUAAAUAGCUACCACUGCCAACUGGGGUCUUGGAGCCUGGUGCAUGUUCUCUGGGUCUUCUGGUUGCAGAGUUAGGAAGGAGGAGGGGUUGUCUGCCCAGAUUUCACUCCCCCACAGACUGAAGCAACACGGCCUAUGUGGGAAAGUCGUCCACCACCUGCCCACCUUGCCUUUCAGAGUGGGGGAACAGUUAUUGUCACCCAGUGUAGUAUUUCUCAAAUGAAGGAGGAUACAGCAGGAGGGGGAGGAGGAUUCUUGAACCUUGCCAGCCAAUCCAAGGAUCUCUUUUAAAUCUGUAAAGUUACAAUCAUUUAGAAUGUAAAAUGAUUGCACGAUGUAAAACGUGCAGUUUAAUCAUAUCUGUGUAUAGGUCACAUCGCUGACGAGCAUGGCACUGGUGUACAAGCUUUGCUUGUCACUUCAUACCUUGGUUAUGAGCAUCAAACGAUAUAAUCUAUCCGGCCUGCUCAAAUGCUUCAAGCUUUCUGGUAUCCGAGCUUGGAAUGAUUCUCCAGUUUGUCACCCGCACAUGAAGCAUUUGCUUGCGAGCCCUUGGCCAAGCUGAUGCAUUUCCCUCUCUCACCAGGUGUCCCUCCUGGCUGAGAAAUGGAUGGUAAUUAGCUUUGGAGCUGGGGAAGUGUGUGUGUGGGGGGGUUACGUCUUCUGGGCAUGGACACUAAGCUGAAGGAGACUCUUAGAUCAUGAACCCUUGGAGAGUUGGACGUGGUGAUGGAGAUUUGAAAAUCAAUUGAAUGAAAAUUGUCUUGAAAGUCUGGUUUUAAAGUCUAGUUAGAUCGAUCAUUGAUUGCUGUCAACAUUGCGGCAAAUUUUUUUUGGAAAAAAGAAUACACAGCCACCAAUUCUCACUGUGGGUCUUGUGGUCGUAAGCAGUAUUGCAAAUUAGUGGCCAACGUACUCUUCGCAGUAGCCAAAGUUGAAGUUACUGUGGCCAUUACCUAGCCGGAAGGAAAGUGAUUGGGUGUUGCUGCUUUAGUCACCAGCAUUGUCUUGUUUCCCUCGAGCACUGGCUGGGUUGUUGUUUUGUGGUCAAGGUUGAGGGAAAGGAACAAUUGUACUGUCCAGGUCUUGUCGUCCUCCUGUGCUGAAUCCAAGAGCAAUCCUAUCUGAAACAGGGCAAGAUCAUUCUGAGAUGUGAAGUGGGAUGUCAAGUGUUGACAGUUUGUGUUAUUCUUCCAAACUGAGAUGCAGGGGAUCCUUCUCUAAAUGUUGUCAGUGUGUCAACUGGAGCAGGAGGAGUUUGGGUUACUGUUGAAAGUUCCUAAUGUCACUCGUCCCUAAAACCUUUAUGAUGUUGGGAAUGAAUCUUGCAUUGAAAGGUGCAAUACACCAGUUAAAUUCUUCAACAUCCCCGAACAAGAGCUCAGUUGUUUUAGUGCGCCUCAUUGUAUUUUCUCAUCAAAUUUGUCAUGCGUGCUAUUUAGUGCUGGAAAGGCCGGCUCUCAAAUACUAAGGGUUUCAGACUCUUUUCCCUGAAAAAUCCUUGUUCCUGAUCUACACAAAGCAAAGGACCUUUUUAAUAUCUGCAUGCUGAGUCGUUUUCACUGCACUGCUUUCCCCCCCUCACCGCCGGGUUACUUGGCCAGGAAUGUCAAUGAUCUGCACAGAAAUGAAUAAUUUUCUGGGAUUGGCAGAUUGUCUUUGGCAGGAAGAACCCUUUGGAAUGCAGAGCUCUGAGCCAUUAGGGAGUAACGGGGGUUUGAGGGUUUCCAAACCAUUUAGCUGCUACCUGACAUCCCUGCCCACAGCCAAGUCCUCUGACGAGCCAAAGAAUCUCCGACCCAUCCCACACCAAGUAUUGAUAGCAGGUUAUAGCAGCGGAUGCUGGAAAUCAGAAAUACAAUGAGAAAGUGCUGGUGAACCUCAGCAGGUCUGGCAGCUUUGAUGAAGACAGAAGCAGAGUUAACGUUUUGAGUCAGUUAUGACUCUUCAGUUCUGAAGAAUAAUCAACUUCAUCUUGAAAGGUUACCUGUGCAUCUCUCUCGACGGAUACUGAAUACUACUGCCUGCGUUGGAUCAAUAUUAGUGGCAAUCCUAUUAAUGUUUUGUAAUUGUUGACUCUUGGUAAUCCAUUGAUUUUAAGUGUUGAAUCCUAUUAAAGCCCAUUAAUACAGUCAGGUAGCCAGCAAUAAUAUGAAGCAAGAUUGUAUUGAUUCAGUUGUCCAAUCAUGGUCUGCAACCUUCAGUGGCACCAAUCAAAAUUAUGGCAACUCAGUACCAGUGCUCAAUGUUUUUAACUUGUAACUGUUUGGGGUUUGUGGAUCACUGUGCAAUAUUUGGUGCCUUCAUUGGGAUGCACGGGUUUGUUACCAUCACUGGGUUUUAGCUGCUUGAGGAACCAAAAAAAAGGUCACAUUGCAAUCUGAGACAAUCCAAGGCCAGUAGCCUUCGCCUGAUGGUAAAGCUGUCGCUGCUAUUCUAGUCGCAGGCUCGUGACUCCUGGGGGCCAGGAUGUAAAUGAAACACAAACAGGAAUGCAGUUCCGAAGGCCCUUGGAAUGGGGAAGCUCUGGUCAGGGGGUGGUGGCUGUGAAGCUGAAGGCACUGCAUUCCCCAGGCCAGUGAGGGGAGUAUCAUUGGUUUCCUCCUCUUUUAUGUCCUGCACAUCAGCUUAUGGAAGACACUAUAUGCAGAAUGCAAGGCAGGAUACACUAAUUUGGAUGCGUUCUGCUCUUUCUCCUUACAUAUAUGUCUUUCUGCUUCAUUCACUUGACCCAUCCCCAACCCUGUGCCCAUGCACCCCUGAACUGCUGUCUGAAUCUUAAUGCUUACACUGCCAUGAGUUUGAAUGUGAAAUAGAGUUGUGUUGCAGAGUUAGAAUGCCAGACUGCACUCUUGUACAAUUCUGAUAAUCUUUCACUGCAUCUUUGGUGGCUCUGCCUUUAGCUACCUUGAUCCAAAAUUCUGGACUCCCUCCCUAAACCUUCUUCCUGUCCUCCCUCCUUUUGAGGCACUCUUUAAAACCUACCUCUUUGACCAAACUACCACUAUUGUUCGAAUAUCUCUUCUAUGUUGGUCAGUAUCUUUGUAAACUGCUCCUGUAAAGCACCUUGGGAUAUUUUACGUGUCCAGACUGUCAACAAUAGAGUUUCUACUCAUUAAGCUAAGGUCCUGUGGCGCAGUUGUAGUGCCCCUAUUUCUGAGCAAGGAGGCCCCAGUUCAAGUCCCACCUGCUCCAGCGACGUGCAGUGCAGAAAUUCAGGAAGGCUCCUCAGACAGCACGUUCCAAAUCCGUGCCCACUCCCAGCUCAUGGGACAAGAGUAGCUGAUACAUCCACCUUCUGCAAGUUCUUCUUGAAGCCUCUCCCCAUCCUAACUUGGAAAUGUCUCUCAGUUUCUUCAGUGUCACUGGGUCAAAAUCCUGCCAUUCCUCCACAGCAGUGUGGGUGGGUCUGCCUACAUCAGAUGAGCUGUAGUAGUUCAUAAAGGCAACUCACCACCAGUUUCGCAAAGCUAGCUAGGAAUAGGCAACAAAUAUUGGUCCACACGCCCUCAUUUAAAACAAAAGAUGUUUGUCAUUUCUGACAUCUGAAAUGGUCAGGCAAAAACUAGGCUCAAGAGCAAUUAGGGAACAGAUAACAAAUGCUGGACUUUCCCGUGGCUCCAGCAUCCCGUGAAAGAAAUGAGACCAUACACUGACCUACUGGACAUCAAUCUGUAGAUCCCGAUGCCAUACUGAGACCAGAGAGACAGACAUUCACUGAAGAUGAGGAUGUGGGCAAUGAGGAGACAUUGUGGAUCCUCAUCAAAUCUGAUGUUCUUAAAUCUGUCACAAAAGUGGAAUAUAAACCAGGAGAAGAGAUGCGAGCUUAUCUCUAAAUCCUUAAAUAAAUCAUGGUGUAAGAAUUGAUGUAGAUUGGAUAAAAAUAAGUAAAAUCAUGGUGGAGCGAGGCACUUCUUUAAAUACACACCGUUUAAUAUUUUUAUUAUAUAUUCUUGGCUGCCUGUUGAGUGGUUGGUUUUGUGACACCGCAUUGAUCAGUUGGGGUGCUUUGAAGCGAUAAAACUGGAUUUGCUGUACGUGCCGUUUGUGUGCAUGAGCACAGGCAGUGUCCAGAGGAGCUGCUGGGAUCUCAGCACUUCCAUCUGCCCUCUGAGAGUUGCUGUUGAGUGGUCCAGUUAUAACCACUCGCUCUCUCUCAGCAGCAGCAGUGGUAGAAUAGGCAGGAUCACUCUGGAGUCUGGGCUGGGGGAAGUGGAGGCCCCUUUGUGUAAAUCUAUAAAGAAAAUGCAAAAAUUGAUCUACUUGAACAAUGGGCUCUGACCCACACAAUGCUCUUUUGGGAAAAAUACACGAGUUCAUCCAGACCAGGGUGGAAAGUGUCUGGUUCAAUCCCAGGCUUCCGAACAGGUAGAUGAUGCUAAAUUGGCCUUUGCAUGGGAAUCAUGGCUGGGGGAGGGGCCUGAAUGUUGACUGUUUUCAAAGUGUAUCACUGAUUUAUAUAACACAAGUUGUUGGGUGGCUUUUCAGGUUCAUAUUCUCCACAGGUUCCACAGCCUGACCCAGGCUGGGUGGAUUAAUUGGGAGGGACACUGAAAUACCUGGUCCCAGUGCUUGUAGCAAACAACUUUCCUUUCAUUACUCCAUCCCAUAAUUCUAGAUAGGAACCUGCUUUUUCUGCAAAUUUCCAUGUGGCAAAUCACUAGCGGCUAAAACUGGAGUAAUGUUGUCUUUGUUGUAAUGAGUCCUUUGUUGUUACUUGCAGGAAAGACAUGAUUUAAUGUAUCAUGGAGGGCACCUUGUUACGGUUGAAUGGGCUAGUUACAUGGUAUGUCUAAUGUUCCCUGACUGAAAUCUUGCUUUGGCAUUCUUGAUGCCAUUGAAAACUGAUGGCUGCACACUCGCAUGUGUACCAUGUCCAGCCCAUGUAUCCUGUACACACUCAGGGCUGAUCAGUUACUGAUUCAUAUCCCUUCUGUUCUCUGGGCAGUGUUAGCUUGGGUUUGUGGACAAAUUGUAAGCUGACCGUGUCCGUUACCUUCACUGUCCCCCUCGGGGCACAUGAUAAGAAUGAACUAGUGUAACCGUCCCACUCUUGACUUCUGUGGAGAGAGGUGGGAGAUGAAAAAUCAAGGAGGGAAAAUGUGUUCAACCCUGCCAUGGCAGAGAAACAACAGCAUGCAAGAGAGGCGACAGUGUCCUGUGGUUGGGUGAAUGCCUGUAUCGAGGAAGCAGUUGGAAUCACAGGCCACAGGAAUCCAGUGAUCCAGUCAAGGUUCCAGUGUGAGAAGGUUUUUGUUCUGUUCAUGUUUUGCCUUUUAAUUUAUCUUGCACUCUAAUCAUCAAACACCCUUCCUUUGCAGUUGGGGUGGAGACCAGCAAUAGACACCUGUAUGGAUGAUGAGACCAAGCUCUCCAACCCCCCACCCCCCCCCCCCCCCCCCCCCAAAAAUGGCCCAGCCGAGCUACAGCAGCCAGGGGCAUAUCUUUGUGUACUCGCAGGAUCACUCUGGAGAGUGGCCAGAGACUUGGUCCCAGAGUGGGAAAGAGAGGACUGUAGAUGUUGCAGGUCAAAGUCAAAAAGUGUGGUGCUGGAAAAGCACAGCUGGCCUUGCAGCAUCCGAGGAGCAGGAGAGUCAACGUUUUGAGCA